AUGGUUUCUAUUUUAGGAAACCUUUUAAAGAAAUGUUACUGGAGGAAGAGCUGCAGAGUUCAUCACCAGCUAGCGUCUCGGGAGCAUAACUACCUGGGCCUCUCUGACUGUUCCUCUUCCUCUGUUGGAAGCUCGACUCUCUCUGGCCUUGAUGACAAAGCUGCUAUUAGCCUGAAAGCUACGGAGCUGACGCUUGGCCUUCCUGCCAGAGAGACCGAUGAGAAGCCUUUCUUUCCUUUGGUUCCUUCCAAAGAUGAGGUUUCCUUGAAGAAAAGAGGCUUCUCUGAUGCAAUGGAUAAGUCUAAAAGUUCGGUUUAUACUGAGAAAAACUGGAUGUUUCCUGAAGGGGUAGCAGCUUACCAAUGUGUAAUGAAGAAGGAGGCGACGCAGAACAUGCCCAAGGGACAGGGCACAGAUUGUUGGUUGGCCUCCAGUGAGAUCCUACAGGAAGAACACGUUGGCCACCACUUGUAA